GCUACUCGAAGGUUCUCGCCAUAGGAGUGAUGCCAAAAAUGGAUUGCUAGCAUCAUAUCUUUGGUCACUCGAGUGUCAUAGGAGUUAGUAUGAUGCAAGACGGUUGUAUAAAAUAAGGGGUCCGUUGAGUCGUGAGUUGCCUUCAUACCACAUUUAAGCCAUAUUUUCAAACAAAACAAUCACCGUUCCACAAUCUCGAAAUGGCACACUUCCACGUCUACGAGCCGUUCUACUCGCUGUCCGACUUCGACCGUCUCUUCGAUGAAGCGUUCACUGCUCGCAGCGAUGAACCCAAACAACUCCAGAGACUGCUCCCUACCACCUUGAGGCCAAGGAUGGACGUUCAUGAGGACGAGAAACAAAACAUCGUUACUGGGAUAUUCGAACUCCCAGGCGUGAAGAAGGAAGACAUCAACCUCGAUGUGACCAACAAUCUCCUCACCGUCUCAGGGGAGUCUAAGCAGUCAACUGAGCGCGAUGAGGCAGGCUAUGUCGUUCGUGAGCGAAGAGCCGGCAAAUUCUCUCGUUCUAUCUCUGUCCCUCAGGGCGUUAAGACUGAGGAUAUCAAAGCGUCAUUCGACAACGGCGUGUUGACAGUGACGUUCCCCAAAAGGACACCGGAGCAGGCACCAAAGAGGAUUACGAUCUCGUAGAGGCCUCACUUCCCAAUCAUAUGUACAGUACUAGGUCAAUUCGUGCAUCCAGUCUCAUACCCUCUGCAAUGUAACAUAACUUCAUUACGACGUUACCUUCAUUGACAUUGAUAUUUAACUGGGUUAUUGACAACGUAAGAUGUGAGAAAACAGU